AUGGGCGACGAAUAUCAACGAAGCAAUGGCCGCGGUGAAGACAGGUACCGCUCCACCCGUGACGAUCGCGGGGGCCACCGUAUUGGGGGCGACCGCGGCGACCGCGACUACAGAGGGGGAGGCGACAGAUACGGCGACAGGGAUCGUGGCGGCCGGAGAGGCGGUGACAGGGACCGUGGUGACAGAUAUGGCGGUCGUGGGGGACGCGAAGACGACCACGGGGGGAGACCCUCGAGGCACGAUGAUGACCGACGACGUGACUAUCGAAGUGCCCGGGACGAAGACUAUGGCCCACCCCGUGGCGGUCAUGGCAGAGAUGACGGUCCCCCUCGUGGUGAGCGGCGUGGAAGGGGGAAGGGUAGAGACGGCAUGGGCACACCUGAAAGAAGGUCACCGACCCCCGAAGGUGCCGUCCCUCUGUCACAGAGGAAACGCAAGGCUUCAGGUUGGGAUGUCCAUGCCCCCGGAUAUGAGCAGUACACCGCUAUGCAAGCCAAACAAACCGGUCUGUUCAACCUUCCCGGCGCUAACCGCACUCAGAUUCCUCCUAUCCUCGGGAUUGCUGGUCUUCCUCCACCGAUGCCUGUCCAGACAUUCGGCAUGGGAAUUGGCGCCAACCCUAACUUGUCUCGACAAUCUCGUCGUCUCUACAUUGGCAGCAUUACCCCUGAUGUCAACGAGCAAAACCUUGCAGAUUUCUUCAAUUCCAAGAUGAUUGAAAUGAGCAUUGGUACGGGUGGACCUGGAAACCCCGUUCUCGCCGUCCAGUGUAACUACGAAAAGAACUAUGCAUUUGUCGAGUUCCGAAGUGCGGAAGAUGCAACUGCAGCUAUGGCCUUUGAUGGAAUCAUUUUCAUCAAUGGACCCCUCAAAAUUCGCCGUCCCAAAGACUACGGCGGCAUGGAAAUGGCAUCCCCCGGUGUCCAUGUUCCAGGUGUUGUGUCUACUAACGUCCCUGACUCUAUUAACAAAGUAUUCGUGGGCGGCCUCCCGACCUACCUCAAUGAAGAAAACGUUAUGGAACUUCUUAAGAGUUUCGGCGAACUAAAAGCAUUCAACCUCGUCCGAGAAAACGGAACUGGUGCAUCCAAGGGCUUUGCCUUCUUUGAGUACGUCGACGCUGGCGUUACUGACGUCGCAAUCCAGAGCUUGAACGGAAUGGAACUUGGCGAUCGAUACCUCGUCGUUCAGCGUGCCUCAGUGGGCGCUAAACCUGGUACGCCAGGUCUCAUGCCCAACCCCAACUUGCCCUACGACCAGUUCGAGAUUCCUCGACCUAUCAUGCCAGCCGGCAAGGACCCAACAACCGAUGCCCGCAUCUUGCUGAUGUUGAACAUGGUCACGAACGACGACCUCGUCGACGACUCGGACUACGGUGAUCUCUACGAAGACGUAAAGGAGGAAUGCGCCAACUACGGAGAGGUGGAGGAUCUGAGAAUUCCUCGGCCUGUCAAGAAGGACAAAUCUAAAUGGGGCGAGUCAGGUAUCACCGCGCAGGACGCUGCCCGCUUGGAUGAAGCUGCGGGUGUUGGCCGUGUGUAUGUUAAGUAUGCCAAACCUGAGGAUGCCUCCAAGGCGUUGAACGCCUUGGCUGGAAGGUCCUUUGCCGGCAGGUCUAUUAUCGCUACCCUUCUCAGCGAGGAUAGUCAAACAACUCCGCCCUUACAUCUGAUUUUCGCUCCUCAGCCUGAUGCCCCACCGCCGCUCCCAACAUCCUAA